AUGCCUACUUUUUUGUUCCUAAAUUUUUUGUUUCUCAUUCAGCCAGCUUUUCAAAUAUCAGACAGUGACACUUUUCUGAUACACAAUGAAAAACUUGAUCUUUGCCUAAAUCUUCAAGAAUUUUAUUCCUUCUCCCUUGAGAUCUGCAACAAGCACAACGAUCACCAAAAUUUUAAGUGGGUAUCUGAAUAUCAGAUAUUGAAUAUGGCAAAGAAGUUAUGCUUGAGCGUGUCUUCAAAAACAAAAAUGAUACCACUUACACUGUCACCUUGUAAUGAAACUGUUGAAUUACAAAAGUGGGAAUGCAGAAAUGACACGCUGCUUGCCCUUGCACCACCAACACCACAACAAGAACAAAAUCUGUUUUUAAAUCCUGCUGAUGAGCGUGGGACUAGGGUUAUAUUAUCAGAUAACCCCACCACAAAAAGUGUUUGGAAGAUCUAUGGAACAAAGAAGAGCUUGUGUGACCAGAAAUAUGAAGCUCUAUUUACUAUAGACGGCAAUGCCUUCGGAGCACCUUGCAAGUUUCCUUUCAAGUAUACGAAUAAAUGGUAUGCUGAAUGCAUAGUUGAUGAUGAUGAACACAAACGACUUUGGUGUGGAACAACUUCGGAUGUGGACAAAGAAUCUUUAACUGGAUAUUGUCCCAUAAAAGAUAAAAAUGAUAACUUUUUCUGGACCAAAAAUUACUGGACAGGAGAUCUCUACCAGAUCAAUUCCAACUCAGCUUUAACAUGGGAUGAAGCAAGAAAAAGCUGUCUGCAACAAAGUUCAGAAUUAUUGACCAUCAACGAACUACAUGAACAAGCAUAUUUGACAGGAUUAAUGCAAAAUUUAGAUGCCAGCUACUGGAUUGGUCUUAGUAAUCCGGAUUUUGACAAUGGAUGGCAGUGGACUAAUGAACAGCCUUUAAGAUAUUUAAAUUGGGCUCCAGGUAGCCCUUCUUCAGAAACAGGAAAAAACUGUGGAUUGAUGCAUGGUAGGAUUGGCAAAUGGGCAAAUAAUCUGUGUGAACAGAAGCAUGGAUACAUCUGUAAAAGAGUGAACUCUUCAGUACAGGCAUCUGGACCUUCUCCAGAUGAUCUUAAGCCAGUUAAAUGUCCAGGUGACUGGGUUGGAUAUGCAAAGCACUGUUACCGUCUGAACAGAGAUCGCAAAACGUGGAAGGAUGCCUCAGUCUCCUGCCAAAAGGAUGGUGGACAUUUACUAAGUAUACAUGACAUUGAGGAAUACAGCUUUGUUUUUUCUCAGCUUGGUUACAAAUCAACAGAUAAUUUGUGGAUAGGCCUAAAUGACCAGAAGACUUCUUCAUAUUUUGAAUGGAGUGAUGGUACUACAGUGAGAUUCAUCAGAUGGCAGAAAGGAGAACCCACACUUAUAAGCAACGUGCAGGAAGACUGUGUUAUCAUGAGUGGGAAGAAUGGAUACAUGGCGGAUCAUUUCUGCGAAGAUGAAUUAGGAUACAUCUGUAAAAAAGAGUCUUCAGAAUUUCUUCCUGAAACCGAAGUAGUUGCUGAUCCAAAAUGCCAAAAAGGCUGGAAAAGAUAUGGCUUCUAUUGUUAUUUAAUUGGAAAGACACUUGGAACAUUUUCAGAAGCAAAGACAUCUUGUGAAACAAACCAUGGAUUUCUGAUCUCUGUUGAGAAUAGAUUUGAGCAGGCCUUCCUGACUAGCCAAAUUGGACACCGUCCUGAAAAAUAUUUCUGGAUUGGCCUUUCGGAUGUAGCGAAUCCAGGAACUUUCAACUGGACCAAUGGAGACACCAUUCAGUUCACUCACUGGAAUGCAAAAAUGCCUGGCCCAAAUCCCGGCUGCGUUGCCAUGAAAACGGGAGAAGCUGCUGGACUGUGGGAUGUUGUCAAUUGUGAGGAGAGGGCUGCCUUUCUUUGCAAGCAUUUGGCUGAAGGGGUGACGCCUCCUCCAAUCCCAAGAGCAACACCCCCUCCCCCAUGUCCUGAAGGAUGGACUGCAAGUCCAACGAGGAAUGUGUGCUUCAAGGCAUAUCAAGUGAAGAGACCUGAAAAGAAAACUUGGUAUGAGGCACGUGACUUUUGUACAUCAAUUGGAGGAGACCUGGCUUCUUUUCAUAAUAGCCGAGAGUUUUUUUUACUGAAUGAACCAUUACAAUAUCAAUACAGCUGGGUUGGUUUAAGAAUCAUGGAUUCCAGCCCAGGAUACACUUGGACUGACGGGUCUCCUGUAAACUAUGAACCAGCAUUAUAUUGGUUUUCAGAAAAUGAAAAUAAUGAAAGAUGCAGAUCAAUAUGGGGAAGUAAAAGAUAUUGGGCUGAAGAGAAAUGCUCGGAGUUCUAUAAUUGGAUCUGCCAAAUGACAAGAGGUUCAACCUUAAAAGAAGAACCAAAUGACAACUUUGAGAGUAAUUAUACAAGAAUUGAAGAUGGAUGGAUUCAAUUUGAAUACAAUGAGUAUUAUUUCAGUAAUACAACAAUGCCUGCAGAAAAAGCCCGGAAGUUCUGCAAACAACAUCAUGGUGAUCUUACCACCAUUGAGAGUAAACAAGAAAAAGAGUUUUUGUGGAAAUAUGACUACCAUUAUGGAAUUGGUUAUGAUUCUUACAUUGGUUUAACCUUGGGUCUUGACAAAAAGUUCGGUUGGAUGGAUGGAACUCCCGUGACAUAUGAAGCCUGGGCCCCCGGUGAACCCAACUUUUCAAAUGAUGAUGAAAAUUGUGUAGUUAUGUAUCAUAAUUCAGGUGUAUGGAAUGAUAUAAACUGCGGUGCUGAGAGAAGCUUCAUCUGCAAAAGACAUAAUAGCUCUAUCCGUACAACUGCAGCGCCCACAUUACCUGCAACUCCAAAAGGGUGCAGUGAAGGCUGGCUUUGGUAUAAUGAUAAGUGCUUUCAAAUAUUUGGCUUCAGAGAAGAGGAGAAGAAAAACUGGAGCGCUGCGCGUGAUCACUGCAGAAACCUAGGAGGAAAUCUGGCUAGUAUACCAAACAAAGCUGUUCAAGCUUUCCUCACAGUGCAGUUGAAAAGUGUUAGUGGUAAUACUUGGACUGGAUUGACUGACGUGAAUUGGGGGGGACGUUUCCUCUGGACUGAUGGGAGUGGAGUCUAUUUUACAAAUUGGGCUAAAGGGUCACCUCGUUCAUAUAAAGGUGACUGUGUUUUUAUGCUGACAAAACCUGAAAGGCUUGCAGGAUAUUGGAAAGUUGGAGUCUGUUCUUCUAAUAUGUCCUAUAUCUGCCAAAAAAAUACUGGUCCUGAACCUUACUCUGAACCAACGGAUCCAGCAUCUCACUAUAUCAGUUAUGGAAAUAGCAGCUAUUCUAUGGUUAGUCCCAAGAUGACCUGGGAAGAAGCAAGGAAGAAAUGUGAAUCUGAAAAUUCAAAACUGGCCGCCAUUCUAGACCCCUAUGCAGAAUCAUUCAUAUGGCUGCAAGUGCUCAAGUACACGGAGCCUGUAUGGAUUGGACUAAGCAGCCAAGAGAGUGAUGCUGGGUACAAGUGGGUAAGUAAUUGGAGGCUAAUGUACACUAACUGGGCUGCUGAAGAACCAAGGCAUAACACCGCCUGUGUCUACCUAGACAUUGAUGGUUAUUGGAAAACAGGAAACUGCAGUGAAAAAUACUAUUCUGUUUGCGAGAGAUAUAAUGGUAUAGUACCAACUGAGAAGCUACAAUCAUCAGGAAAAUGCCAAACUUCCAAAAACAGACAAGAAUCUUGGAUUCCUUUUGGAGAUCAUUGCUAUAAAUUUUACCCUUCAUGGGUAUCUUGGUCACAAGCUUCCCUGUUAUGUGAACAGAUAGGUAGUGCCUUGACUUCAAUCAAAGAUUCAGUUGAAUUAUACUUUUUAAAGGAAGAAAUGGAAAUACUUGGAUAUAUGGAGUUUUGGAUAGGCUUAUACAGUAAUCAGGAAGGAGAAUGGAUGUGGAAAGAUAAUAGUAACAUCGCUUUUGUCAACUGGAAUAAGCCAGAUGAUCAUGGAGAAAAUGAUAGAAGCGAGAUCUUAAGUAACAGAUGCACUUUCAUGAAUAGUAAAUCUGGAUUUUGGUUCAAAAGCUACUGUGGAUCUUAUUCAUCAAGAACAUUUGUUUGUAAAAAAAAUAAAAUUAUUGAAGAAUCAGCUGUAAACACUACAAAAAUACCAGUGCAGAAAGGAGGGGAACUUCUGUCAACACAUGGCACAGCUGUGGGGGCAAUUAUCUCAAUUAUCUUCAUAGUCAUCGGUGCAGGAAUCGCAGCCUAUAUUUUCUAUAGAAGAAGAAACAGACCACAAGUCUCUGCUGGAUUUGACAAUUCUUUGUACAGUGACAAUGUGGUUAUUCUUCAUAAGGAUUCACAAUCUCUUGCAGACAAUCAAGAAUUAAAUAAACAAAUAUAACUGGCAUCUUGCUGUGGAUAAGGCCCAUUGGAUACAAUACAUU